AUAUUUAUGUAGUAUUUAAGUACAAUUUGAAGUAUAUUUAGUAUUUUUUUUGGUGCUAAAUUACUUUAAGUAUACUUAGUGCACUUUAAGUACAUGCCUGUAUGUGCUAAUAUGCAUGCCGAUAGUUCACUUAAAGUAUAUUUUUAUUGUAUUUUAAGUAUAUUUGAAAUAUAUUUUGAGUAUAUUACAAAUAUGUAAACAUCACAUUCUAAAUAUAUUUAGUGUGCUUAUAGUAUACCGAAAGUAUACUUUUGGUGUACUAUAAUCAUAUUCUAAAUAUAUUAGUAUUGUGCUAAUAAUAUACCAAAAGUAUGCAAUCGGUCUGUUCCAAUUGGGCGUUCACUCCGAAAAACAUGCCUAUAACAGGCAUGAUUUGAUUAAUUCAACAUUUAUAUUUAAAUUCAGAGAAUCUUCCUGAAUUUGUGUAACGCCAUAUCCUUUAGUGUUUACGUAAUUGUUGCUUUAAUUUGCAUGUUUUAGUGUUAUGCCAUCAAGCUAACUACCGUUGGUUAAUUAUUAAUGUUUUUAGAGGGGAAAAGCAUGUAGCACUAUUGUCAAGAUGAUUAAAGAUAACUAAAGUUAGCAAAGCAGUCCUCCUGCUAUACUGAGUCAUAUUCAAUUCAAUUUAGAUGGAAUCGCUCAAUGCAAUACACCAGAACAAGGUUGAGGGUGUGUUUUAUCUCAUGGGUUUCUAUCAUGAGAUAAAUGCAGUACUGAGGCUAGUGUUAACAUCCUGUUUUUUUUACGCCUACCAUCCACCUUAUCUGUGUGGUACAAGAAAGUAACACUUUCUUCCAUUUAGCAGACCCAUUUUUGGAGUGGAAGUAAUAUUACAUCAUCAGGAACAUUUGUUCAAACCAUAAUGUUCAAUUUCACUAGCGGGUAUAUCAAUUGGACUACUGCUCAGAUCUGGAAGGAUUGGCUAGAAACCAAUGACCUUUUUUGUCCUAAAUCUGGUUACACAAUCCGUCUUUUGAGGCAGCUUUAAAACCUAUACCUUUUGUUUGUUUAUAGCGUGAGUGGCUUUUAGAGGAGUGGCAGGGAAUUCCGGCUCAAAGGUACUAACUAUCCCUUCAUCCCUCCCAUUCCCACCUUGCUUUCCACAUCAGAAUGAACUGCAUGUAUGUAGAAGGAAAAUUGCAACUGGAGAACAGUUGCAGGUAGGUAGGGUGUAUUAGUGGAGACAUAGACUGGCAGGGGGAUAAUCCAUGUGAACAGUGAUCUCAUGUAUAGCUUGGAUUGUCCGCCCUGUCUUCACUCUUCCAAGGAGCACAUCCGGAAGAAGAGGACGGUAGUACCUUCCUGCACAGAGAAUGAAGAACUGAGUCAAUUCCUGAAGUUGUAUGAAAGCAACAAGAUCCAGACCACAAAGUAUUCUCUCUUCUCCUUCCUGCCCAAGAAUCUGUUUGAGCAGCUCCAUCGCUUUGCCAAUAUCUACUUUAUCUUCCUUGCUGCUCUGAACUUUGUUCCCGUGGUGGAGGCCUUCCAGCCAGAGAUCGCUUUGGCUCCUAUCACAUUGGUUCUGUCCGUGACGGCUGUCAAGAAUAUAUGGGAAGACUUUCGCAGGUUUAAAUUGGAUCAUUCUAUCAACAGGCUUCUGUGCCACAUUUACAGCAGGGUCCUUGAAGCGAACAAGGGAAGGCAGAUUGCAGCCAAUCACCUCUCAGAAGAGCAGAUGAUGCGCUGCAGUCUGCCCUGGUCCUUGUUAGUGGCUGCAGAGUGACAGACGCUGAUGGCGGAGCAGAGGAUGGACUCAAUGAUGGAGGUGGUUUCCCUACCUUUCAGACCUCCUCCCCCUCUACACCCCAACCCGUUGCCUCAGGUCCACCGGUGCAAACACUCUGAAGACCAUCAGGACCAAGCGCCGGACCUGGGGUGACAGGGCCUUCUUGGCUGCUGCCCCCCACCCCCCUCUGGAACGCUCUCCCCAUCCACAUCCGUCAGGCUUCCACUAUGUCAUCAUUCCAACAAGCCCUCAAAACCCACCUCUUCAAACUGGCCUUCACCUAAUAACCCCUCCACCCUACCCUCCACAAUUUGUUGUCCUGGCAACGCUGGCGAAAUUUAACGCCGCUCCAUCUAGGACUGUUUUUAUUAUUCUUAUUCUUAUUUUUUUUUUUUCCUACUUUUUUUACAAUUUAACAUUCAUUUUAAUUAUUUUUAAUU